GGACGCGCAUGCGCAAUUGAUACACAAAACAACCAGACAGCUGCUGUUGUUAAUUGGGAUGUCACAGCGCAACAUCCAAUGAGGUAAGAUAGGAACAGUGGGAGUUAUGGAUCCCAUUUCCAGUAUCAGCGAGACAGCGUACUAUGGUGGAUCCCAACAGCUGAAGGUUGGCUCGCAGGUGGAUACACCUGGCUCUCGUUUGCCCUGGGCCCGCUUCUCAAGUUGGCUGGAAUGUGUCUGCGUGGUGACCUUCGACCUGGAGCUCGGGCAGGCCAUGGAGCUGGUGUAUCCCCACGACUGCAGACUCAGUGAGAAGGAGAAGACCUGCAUAUGCUACUUAUCCUUUCCAGACUCCUACUCAGGUUGCCUGGGAGAUACCCAGUUCAGUUUUCGCCUCCGUCGAUCUGCUGGCCAGAGGCUUUCCUGGUUUGGAGAAGAUGACUUGUACAACAGAGAAGCACCAGUCACAUUACAGAGAGACACAGCUCACUAUUAUGGAUAUGUAUACUUCAGGCAAGUGAAAGACAGCUCUGUGAAGAGAGGAUACUUUCAGAAGUCCUUAGUUCUCAUCUCCCGUCUUCCCUUUGUGAACCUGUUCCACUCACUGUUGCAGCUAAUUGCACCGGAGUACUUUGAGAAGCUGGAACCAUGUCUUGAGGCAGUUUGCAAUGAGAUAGAUCAGUGGCCACCUCCACUACCAGGGCAAACACUCAACCUCCCAGUGAUGGGGAUUGUUAUGCAGGUGCGCAUUCCAUCUCAGACUGACAAGCCUGGCACCAGCCCUGUAAAGCACUCUCAUUUAGAGAACUUGUUGCCAGCUCCAAUGCUCCUCCCUACAGUGCAUGAACUGGAUCUCUUCAGGUCCUUUCAGCCGCUUCUCAUUCACGUUCAGAUGCUGUGGGAGCUGAUGCUGUUGGGAGAGCCAAUGGUUGUUAUGGCAAUCUCUCCCACCGUUGCCUCAGAAACUGUUCUUGCACUGACCAGCUCCAUUGCACCACUGAAGUAUUGCUGUGACUACCGCCCUUAUUUUACCAUCCAUGACAGUGAAUUCCGAGAAUAUACAACACGUACACAGGCACCCCCUAAUGUCAUCCUGGGAGUUACCAAUCCAUUUUUUAUUAAGACGCUGCAACACUGGCCGCAUAUAAUCCGGCUGGGAGAGCCAAAAAUGUCAGGUGAUCUACCAAAGCAAGUUAAAGUCAAGAAGUUGGCAAAACUGAAAACUUUGGACACUAAACCAGGAAUAUAUACCUCUUACAAAACAUUUCUUCAUAAAGACAAGGCCCUUAUCAAGAAACUGCUAAAGGGCAUUCAGAGAAAACGACCAUCAGAAGUGCAGAGCACCCUCUUGAGACGACAUCUUUUGGAAAUCACGCAAAGUUUCAUCAUCCCAUUAGAACGAUAUGUAGCCAGUCUGAUGCCAUUGCAGAAAACAGUUACACCGUGGAAGAACCCUCCUCAGAUCAGGCCUUUUAGUCAAGAUGAAUUCAUGAAGACACUAGAACACACAGGUCCCCAGCUUACCUCUACUCUCAAGGGUGACUGGCUAAGUCUUUACAGACGAUUCUUCAGGUCUGCUAAUUUUGAUGGCUGGUACCGUAUGAGAUUGAAGGAAAUGAGUCAGAAACUGGAAACUCUUCACCUGGAAGUGAUCUGUGAGGCUGAUCUGGCAGCUUGGAUCAAAGACAAAUCAGAGGUGGAAAUUGUGGAUUUAGUGAUUAAACUCCGUGAGAAACUGGUAAAAGCUAGGUGUCAGCAUUUGCCCGUAAAGGAAGGCACAUUUCAAAAAUUGGAACUGUACAUUGAUACAAUUAUUGGUUCACUGCCACAGGAUCUUCAGUCUGUCUUGCACCGGCACUGAUUUGCCAUCAUUUAGCUAAUCUGGAGAAAAUUGAUGCUAAAGUGAACAGUGGAAUUUUUAUACUUCACCAUCCCUGACAUACAGUUCUGUCAGCUAUAGAACAAUCUCUUCAGUGAGCCUAAUGGAUAUCUCUCCAAAGACUUGUCAUGUAGAACAUUUUCAUCAACAGUGGAUGUCUUCAUUGAGUGACCAUAUCAGUAUCACACUCCUACUGUCUAUGCCUGGAUGUGUAGAGGUGCUUGUACUACCUUUACUUAACUUGUUCUGAUCCCUGUUGUGAAUCUGUUGUAGUUGCAUUUCUGCACAGGAAUAUGAACGUGUGUGUAAAGCCCUGAAUCUUUAGUAUGUGUCUCAGAAGCACAUUAGUGCAUUGUCAGUCUUAUGGUCCCUUGUAGCAUAAUCUCUAGGUUUUAUCAUGUUUGCCUUUAACCUAGUUUGAUCUAGUCAUCCAUUUUCCUGGAUAAAUAUACUACAUGUGAAGUAAGUCAGCUAAUAGAGUAUUUGAUUAGUUUUCUUCUUCUGUGAUGUAAUAAAUGUACUAUUUAUUGCGUGUCUGUCUGUAGUUGUGUAAUCUGUAACUGCUGAUAAUUUUUUUCAAAGUAGUUUCAGCCAAUAAAUGAUGACUUUUUAACAUUA